ACGGACGGACUGAGUCAUCCUUGGCCCGGCCGCGCGGCCCCGUCCCCGUCCUCCUCCUCCUCCUCCAUCCCGCCCUCCCCGCGCCGGCACCCGCCAUGGCCCCGACCCUGCUGCUGCUGGUGGGGCUGCUGGCCCCCCACGGCGCAGGCCUGUUCCCGGUGCGCCUGGCUGGGGGUCCCGGGCAGUGCGUGGGGCGCGUGGAGGUGCUGCACACCGGGCGCUGGGGCACCGUCUGCGACGACGACUGGGGGCUGCCGGACGCAGCCGUGGUCUGCCGGGAGCUGGGCUGUGGCACCGCGCUUGCCGCCCCCACGGGCGCCUGGUUUGGGGAGGGCUCCGGCCCCAUCUGGCUGAACGGGCUGCGGUGCCGCGGCAGCGAGGGGCGCCUGGCCCAGUGCCGACACCGGGGCUGGCGCAGCCACGUCUGCACCCAUGAGGAGGACGCCAGCGCCGUGUGUUCAGCUCACCCCUUCCUCUCCCUGGGCACCAUGGAACCCCCUGCGCCCUCCACCACCACUGCCAGCACCCCAGCACCUGGUGACACAGUGCCGCGGCUGGCUGGGGGUCCCAGACGCUGCACGGGGCACAAGGAGGACACCAGCGUGGCAUGCACAGGGACCCCCACGCUGCGGCUGGUAGGGGCUGAGGGUCACUGCGCGGGGCGCGUGGAGGUGCUGCAUGCCGGCCACUGGGGCUCCGUCUGCGAUGACGGCUGGGGGCUUGAGGACGCGGCCGUGGUCUGCCAGGAGCUGGGCUGCGGCGCUGCGCUGGCUGCACCCCGUGGGGCGUUUUUUGGCGAGGGCACUGGCCCCAUCUGGCUGGACAACGUGCGGUGCCAGGGGAACGAGUCAGCCUUGCUGCAGUGCCCGACUGCCCCAUGGGGCAUCACGGACUGCCAGCACCGGGAGGACGCGGCUGUCGUCUGUGCAGAUGAGCUGACCGCUGUGGACCCCAUGGAGCCCAGUCCCCACCAGCUGCCAACCAGCCCAGCUCGGGUGCCCCCCUCUGCCUUGCCACACGAGACCACCCGGCCCCACAUCCCCAGCUCUCCCCAGCCUGCCCCGAGCAGCCAGACUGUGGCCGGGAUGGGGCACAGGGCUCCAGCCCAGCUACGUCUGGCCGGGGGCCCCGGGCGCUGCGCGGGGCGUGUGGAGGUGCUGCACGCUGGGCGCUGGGGCACCGUCUGCGAUGACAGCUGGGGGCUGCCAGACGCAGCCGUGGUCUGCCGGGAGCUGGGCUGCGGGGUGGCACGUGAAGCCCCCCGCAGUGCCCACUUCGGCCCUGGCACCGGCCCCGUCUGGCUGGACGAGGUGAACUGCGAGGGGACGGAGCCCACGCUGCGGCGCUGCCCGGCUGAGCCCUGGGGCAGGCACAACUGCAACCACCAUGAGGAUGCUGCUGUCAUCUGCGCAGGGCCAGAGGACCUGCCAUCACCCAUGGGGACCUCCCGGUGGCCCCCAGGACUGGAUCGAGUUGGCACCAUCCCCAGCACUACCCGGCGCCACUUGGGACAGGAGCCAUCCAGCACUGUCCCCAGCAUCACCCAGCGCCCCCCAGGACAGGAUCGAGUCAGCACCACCCCAGCCAAAGCAGGGCGGGAUCCCAUUCGUAUCAUCAGGAUCACCCGACUCAAAGCAGAGCAGGAUCCAGCUGGCGUCAUCCAGAGCACAAAGCCCAAGGCAGGACCUGGUGCAGCUGGUACCACCAGGUCCAAGGUGGGACGGGAGCCUGGUGGCCCCACCAGGUCCAAAGCAGGAUGGGAUCCAGCUGGCACCAACAGGUCCAAGGCAGGACGGGAUCCAGUUGGCAUCCCCAAGCCCAAAGCAGGACAGGAUCUAGCUGGUACCAACAGGUCCAAGGCAGGACGGGAUCCAGUUGGCAUCACCAAGCCCAAAGCAGGACAGAAUCCAGCUGGCACCAACAGGUCUAAGGCAGGACGGGAUCCAGUUGGCAUCACCAAGGCCAAAGCAGGAUGGGAUCCAGCUGGCACCAACAGGUCCAAAGCAGGACGGGAUCCAGUUGGCAUCACCAAGCCCAAAGCAGGAUGGGAUCCAGCUGGCACCAACAGGUCCAAAGCAGGACGGGAUCCAGUUGCCAUCAACAAGGCCAAAGCAGGACAGAAUGUAGCUGGCACCAACAGGUCUAAGGCAGGACGGGAUCCAGUUGGCAUCCCCAAGCCCAAAGCAGGAUGGGAUCCAGCUGGCACCAACAGGUCUAAGGCAGGACGGGAUCCGGUUGGCAUCACCAAGCCCAAAGCAGGACAGAAAAUACCUGGGACCAACAGGUCCAAGGCACGACAGGAUCCAGCUGGCAUCACCAAGCCCAAAGCAGGACAGAAUAUAGCUGGCACCAACAGAUCCAAGGCAGGACAGGAUCCAGCUGAUAUCACCAAGGCCAAAGCAGGACAGGAUCCAGCUGGCACCAACAGGUCCAAGGCAGGACAGGACCCAGCUGACAUCACCAAGGCCAAAGCAGGGCAGGAUCUGUCUGGCACCAACAGGUCCAGGGCAGGACAGGAUCCAGCUGACAUCACCAAGGCCAAAGCAGGACAGGAUCCAGCUGGCACCAACAGGUCCAAGGCAGGACGCGAUCAGGUUGGUACCAUCCAUGUCACCCACCCCAAAGCAGAACAGGAUCCGCUCAGCACUGUGCAGAUCACCCAGCCCAAAGCUGAGCGGGUUGUGGUGGGGGGCAAACAGACCACCAUGAGCCCAUCACAUUGGGUUUCGGUGGGGACCACGCAAGGCAUCAAGCCCAAAGCAGGUUGGGAUCCGGUUGGUACCACCAGGAGCACCCAGACGCUGAUAGGACGGGAUCCUGUUAGUGCCACUCAAACCUAUGGGUGGCACCCACGGCCCAAAGCAGGGCAGGACUCAGCCCCCACCACGGUGCUCCCCAUGUGGAGGAACCACCACUUGGGAGAACCAGGUCCAGAAGAGACCAUAAGGAGCACUCAUCCUGCAGCAGCACUGGAUCUGGGUGGUACCAUGGGGAGCACACAUCCCACAGCAGAACUGGGUCCUGAAGGUCCCAUCAGCAUCACACAUCCUCCAGCAGGACUGGAUCCAGAAGGCAGCACACAGAGCACACAUCCUGAAGCAGAACUGGGCCUGGAUGAUACUGUAUGGAGCACACAUCCCACAGCAGAACCAGGGCAAGGUGGUACCACAUGGGAUCCACGUCCUUCAGCAAGACCAGGUCCUGAAGGUCCCAUGAGGAGCACAUGUCCUGUGGGUGCAGAACUGGGGGCAGAAGGUACCAUGAGAACACGCCCUGUGUUGGAACUGGAUCUGGACAGUACCCGAAUGGGUACUUCAGCAGAACCAGAUCCUAGCGGCAACAAACAUGCUUCAGCAGAACCAGGUCCAGAAAGUACCAUGUGGAGCACACAUCCAACAGCAGAACCAGGUCCAGAAGAUACCAUGAGAAUCACACAUCCCACAGCAGAAUCAUAUACAGAUGGUGCCAUGUGGAGCACACAUCCCACAGCAAGACCAGGUCCAGAAGGUACCAUGAUGAGCACACAUCUCACAGCAGAACCAGGUCCAGGAGGUACCAUGUGGAGCACAAAUCCCACAGUAGAACCAGGUCCAGAAAGUACCAUGAUGAGUACACAUCCCAUAGCAGAACCAGGUCUAGACGAUACCAUGAUGAGCACACAUCCUACAGCAGAACCAGAUACAGAUGGUGCCAUGUGGAGCAUGCAUCCAACAGCAAGACCAGGUCCAGAAUAUACCAUGACAAACACAUAUCCCACAGCAGAACCAAGUCCAGGAGGUACCAUGACGAACACACAUCCCACAGCAGAACCACGUCCAGGAGGUACCAUGAGAAGCACACAUCCCACAGCAGGACUGGAUCCAGAAGGCAACACACAGAGCAUAAGUCCUGCAGCAGAACUGGACCUGGUUGAUAUCAUAUGGAACACACAUCCCACAGCAGAACCACGUCCAGGAGGUACCACAUUGGGUGUUGAACUGGAUCCAGAAAGUACCAUGAGGAGCACACAUCCUACAGUUGAACUGGGUCCAGAUGGUACCAUGAGGAGCACACAUCCUACAGUUGAACUGGGUCCAGAUGGUACCAUGAGGAGCACACAUCCUACAGUUGAACUGGGUCCAGAAAGUACCAUGAGGAGCACACAUCCUACAGUUGAACUGGGUCCAGAAAGUACCAUGAGGAGCACACAUCCUACAGUUGAACUGGGUCCAGAUGGUACCAUGAGGAGCACACAUCCUACAGUUGAACUGGGUCCAGAAAGUACCAUGAGGAGCACACAUCCUACAGCUGAACUGGGUCCAGAAAGUACCAUGAGGAGCACACAUCCUACAGUUGAACUGGGUCCAGAUGGUACCAUGAGGAGCACACAUCCUACAGUUGAACUGGGUCCAGAUGGUACCAUGAGGAGCACACAUCCUACAGUUGAACUGGGUCCAGAAAGUACCAUGAGGAGCACAUAUCCUACAGUUGAACUGUAUCCAGAAAGUAUCAUAAGGAGCACACAUCCUCCAGAAGAGCUGGGUCCAGAAGGUACCAUGUGGAGCACACAUCCUCCAGAAGUGCUGGGUCCAGAAGGUACCAUGUGGAGCACACAUCCUCCAGAAGAACCAGGUCUACAUGGCACCUCGCAGAGUGCACAUUCUUCAGCAGAACUGGGCUUGGCUGAUACCUUACAGAGUGCCCGUCCCACAGCAGUUGUUCACACGUGGAGCACACACCCUUUAGCAGAACCAAAUCCAGAUGGGACCAUGAGGAGCUCACAUCCUGCAACAGCAUCAGGUCGAGACAGUACUACGUGGGGGACACGUUCUUCAGAUGAUUUUGAUCUCAAUGGAACAAUGAGGAGUGCACAUCCUUCAGCAGAACCAGGUCUAGAAGGCACCAUGGAGAGCACACGUCCCACAUCAGAACCAGGCCCAGAAGGUGCUGGCACAGGCUUGGGCCUCACUGGGGUCUCUGUGCCCCCCACCACAUCUCCAUCACCCCCCUCAUCUCUGCCCCCCUCCCUGUGGCCGGCCAGCCCCCCUGCCCUUGCAGUCCAACUGGGUCCGGACUCUGCCACUCGCUCCCAGCACCCCACAGAGCCCCCCAGCACCUGGGAGCCACCAGCACCCAUCCAGUACCCAGAGGAGACCCCCAGCACCCACGGACACCUAGAACCCACCCAGAGCCUCCCGGGGAACCCCAGCACCCAGGGACCCCCAGCACACACCCAGCACGCCGUGGAGACCCCCCCUGCCUGGAAGGAGCUUGUGCUCUCCCAGCACCCCCCUGCAGAGCCCCCCAGCUCCUGGAUGCCCCCAGCCCGCUUUACCCAGUCCCCACCAGGGACCCGCAGCCCCCAGAGCCCCCCAGCACUCACUGUGCUCCCCCCAGGUGCCACCAGCCCUUACAUGCUUGCUGCCCCCUUGGAGCACCCCAUGGAGCUCCCCAUCCCCCAGAGUCCCCCAGCAUCUCCUCAGCACUCCGUGAAGUUGCUUGGCACCCCAACCCCCCCAGCGCCCCCCAAGAACCUCACUAACACCCUCAGCUCCAAGAGCCCCUUGGCACCCUUCCAGUAUCCAAUGGAGCCCCCCAGCACCUGGACCCCCCCAGCACACACCCAGCACCCUAUGGGGAUUUUUGACACCCAGACCCACUCAGCACCCCCCCAGCAACACCCAGAGCCCCCCAGCACCCAGGGCCCCCCAGCACCCACCCAGCACCCUGUGGAGACCUUCAGCACCCAGGGACCACCAGCACCCCCCCAGCACUCCAUGAAGUUGCUCAUCACCCAGAGGACUCCCCCACCCUCCCAGCACCCUAUGGAGAUCUUUGGCACCCAGGGACCCCCAGCAUCCCCCCAGCACCCUAUGAAGAUCUUUGGCAUGAAGGGCUCACCAGCACCCCCUCAGCACACCAUGAACCCCCCCAGCACCCUGAGACCCACAGCACCCCCCCAACACCCUAUGGAGACCCUUGGCACCCAGGGACCCCCAAUCCCUCCCCAGCACCCUAUGGAGACCUUUGGCACCCAGGGCUCACCAGCACCCCCUCAGCACCCCGUGAAAGCCCCCAGCACCCUGACACCCCCAAUCCCUCCCCAGCACCCUAUGGAGACCCUUGGCACCCAGGGACCCCCAGCACCCCCCCAGCACCCUAUGGAGACCCUUGGCACCCAAACCCUCCCAGUACCCACAGAGCUCCUCCACACUGCCCCUGACAGCCCCCUGGACAGCCCCAUGCUGCUUGGGCCCCCAUGUGCAGGUCCAGCUCCACCAGCAGUGCCAACACCACCCUCGGUGGGGGGCCAGGGGGGUCCCUGCAUGGCCCCCCUGCUGCGGGUGCUGCUGUGGGAGGUGCGGGGGCUGCGGGGGCAGCUACGGGCCCUGGCCCGUGCCCAGCGGCGGGGGGCUCAGCGCCUGGAGGCUGUUGCCCGCCGACUGGGCCGGCUGUCUGCCCUCAGCCAGCAACUCCUGGGCCCCCCCCCCCCGGCUCUAUGGGGCAGUGGGCACCCGGGGCGGUCUUUGUAGGGGCUGCAAGUGAAAUAAAGCCGGGCCAGUUCCCCAAA